AUGUCCACGCUGGACAACCCCGUGCCUUUUAAAAGCCCUAAAAUCAUAACAUGUUGGGUAAACGAGGACAUAGGGCCCAAUGUGGUGGAGUGGACGCUGACGACCACGGAUGGCAGGGUCCAUCAAAUAACUAAUGGCACCGAGUCUGAAAUUACAUCAACAGGCAGGGAGGCGAAGCUGAGUCUCAGGGAGACGUCUGAAAUCUGGGCAGGGCUGGUCAAGUGCGUCUUCGCUCCUACAUCACCUGUUGCGAAUGUGACCCUUGUCCACACCGCGGCUAGAAACCUGGAUGUGGCAGUCCUGCCACAAAUCCGUGUGAGCAGUAAGCCACAGUUCCCACGCUGCAAGGAGGAAUUGGCGCAGACGGUGGUUGUCACGGUCCAAUGUGACAUUGGGGACAGCUUGGAAACGUACCAGGUGAACUGGACGGCUGAGGGCAACAAGGCCGAAGUACUUUCCGCGAUUUCGACCAAUUACAGUUACUCCGCCAAAACAAAAGUCAGCUGCAAGAAUAAGGACGAGAAAAAGCCAGCGCGCAUCACGUGUGCGUUUAUUAACAGGAGAGGCCAGAAUAACUCCGCCACAAUCCAAAUCAACGUCAUAUACUACAAACCCAGUAAUUUUUGUAAGGCUGAGACUGACUGGCCCGACACUAAGGCGGGCUAUUCUGCUAGACUGCAAUGCCAUGGCAGUGUAGGGGAACGAGUGAGGAAAUGUUUGGCAAAUGACAUGUGGGGAAUAGAGAAAUCUCACUGCGUGGACAAGGACCUGAACGACAUCCUGGAAAAGACAGCCUUUCUUAACAAAGGCCUUGGGACGGUAAAUGAAAACGCUAGAAACGUAUUUUCUCGUCUCUCGGCUGCCACCUUUAACGCGGAGCAAAUCAACUCUUACUCCAACCUGAACGCAUCAGUUGCCAUAUUAUUCAAUGUGGAACAUCUGAAGCACUCACUUGAAGCAACAAUAUUGCAACAUCUUGUGGACUCAUCGAGUAAUAUCAUGAAUAACUCUCUUGAAAAGUUGUGGAGCACCGAGACGGAAGGCAAUGACACACUAGCUGAGAAAUAUCUGAGUUCAGUUGAGGGACUGAUCAAGCUGACAGACAUGGCAAACACUGAGACAACGCGUAUGAAAGCGGAAAACACAGAAGUAGCGGCAUGCGAGCUUCAAACCCUGGCGUCUCGUUGUGAAAAUAAAGUGUUCAACUCCACCGUGUCUCUGGACAGCUCGUAUCUGGGGACCGUGAAAACGGCAGGGUUCCAACGGCUGGCCAAUUAUUUGCCGAACUUGCACGACCAGAUGCCUAACAGCAUCGUUGUGACGACAACAGCUGAAAAUCAUUCGCAUCAUCUGAAAGUGAAUAUUAAAUUCGAACUUAUACAAAGAAGACCUCGUCACCACGUUAUCAAGUGUGUAUCAUGGGAUGCAACUAAUAAGCAAUGGUCGUCUGACGGCUGCGAUUGGGGAGGGCCUAGCAACGAAGCCCAUUGCACAUGUAAUCACCUAUCCUCCUUUGCUACCUUAAUGUCAAAAAAGCCAGAAGACAUCCCAUUUGAUGGUCAGCUAACCCUGAUUGGACUGUUCAUAUCAAUCAUCUCACUUAUUACGUGUCUAGGAAUGGAACUGGCUGUCUGGAAAACUGUUGUGAAGUCAAGCGGCUUGUGUUUACGACACACAGCCCAAGUAAACAUUUGUCUGAAUUUGCUGAUAGCACAUUCGACUUUAGUCGUGUCUCAUUUUUGGAAGUCACCCGUCUGGUGUUGGGUUUUUGUGGUGCUGAAGCACUUUUCCUUCCUGUCCAUGUUCUUUUGGAUGUUGAGCUUAAGCAUCGUUCUUCUUCACCAAACGGUCUUCCCUUUUGAAGAUCUUCGGAGAAAGACAUUUUUGGGACUUUCGUUUUUCCUGGGUUACGCAUUUCCUGUUGUCAUUGUUGCAAUCUCAAUCAUAACACAUAUGGAAGCCAAAACCCCGUACCACUGUAUUGACAGCUGCUGGCUGACAUAUGAAGGAUUUAUGAAAGGUUCCAUUUUUGCGUUUAUUGUACCAGCAGGAAUAAUCAUAACUUUCAAUCUUUUCACAAUGGUGGUCGUUACCAUAAAGCUUUUGGAGCUCUCAACAGCUACGAUCAGUGGUCCUCAAAGUGAAAAGAACGCGACCAAAUGGAUCCUGAAGUCAGUUGUCAUGCUGACCCCAAUUUUUGGAAUCACAUGGAUUCUUGGAUUCGCUGUACUGGCUGUCGACCUUGCAUACGGACCCAUCACCCUGGUUAUCCAUUAUGCCUUUAUCUUGCUGAAUUCAUUCCAGGGUUUCUUCAUUUUGCUGACCACAUGUAUUUGGGAUAAAACGGUUCGAGAUGCACUCAUUCUGCAGGUCACCGCGAAAUACCCGUCCUUACAAAGUGAGACUACAAGCAGCCUGGCCCAGUCAGUUAAGAAAAAAUGAAAUCGGUUUCAUAUCUUCGCACACUGGAGAAGAAAAUAUGAAAUAUC